AUGUACCCUUCUAGAGGUCCAAGACAACUCUUACAGAUAUGUCACCUAGGCUCCCAGGGGUUUGAUCAAGGGAGGGACGCGGGGGGAGAUCGUCUCGUUCCUCGCUCUCUUCUGCGCAGGCUCGGCUCUUGGCGCAAGAUGGCGGCGGCGGAUAAACAGAAACAUGAGCACGGGCGGGUGAAGAUAGGGCACUACAUCUUGGGGGACACGCUGGGCGUGGGUACCUUCGGCAAAGUCAAGGUUGGCAAGCAUGAGCUGACCGGACACAAAGUGGCAGUGAAGAUCUUGAACAGACAGAAGAUCCGCAGCCUUGAUGUUGUGGGGAAAAUCCGCAGGGAGAUUCAGAAUCUGAAGCUGUUUCGGCAUCCGCACAUAAUUAAGCUGUACCAGGUUAUCAGCACACCAUCUGACAUUUUCAUGGUGAUGGAAUAUGUUUCAGGAGGUGAACUGUUUGAUUACAUCUGUAAAAAUGGAAGGCUUGAUGAAAAGGAGAGUAGACGUCUGUUCCAGCAAAUCCUUUCUGGUGUGGAUUAUUGCCACAGGCACAUGGUAGUCCAUAGAGAUUUGAAGCCAGAAAAUGUGCUGCUCGAUGCACACAUGAAUGCCAAGAUUGCCGAUUUUGGCCUUUCAAAUAUGAUGUCAGAUGGAGAAUUUUUACGAACAAGCUGUGGUUCUCCUAACUAUGCUGCACCAGAAGUAAUUUCAGGAAGGUUAUAUGCAGGCCCAGAAGUGGAUAUCUGGAGCAGUGGAGUUAUUCUCUAUGCUUUGUUAUGUGGAACCCUUCCAUUUGAUGAUGAUCAUGUGCCAACGCUUUUUAAGAAGAUAUGUGAUGGUAUCUUUUAUACUCCUCAGUACCUGAAUCCAGCAGUAAUUAGCCUUUUGAAACACAUGCUGCAAGUGGAUCCCAUGAAGAGAGCUACAAUUAGAGAUAUAAGGGAACAUGAAUGGUUUAAGCAAGACCUCCCCAAGUACCUCUUUCCGGAAGACCCAUCUUACAGUUCGACGAUGAUUGAUGAUGAAGCCUUAAAAGAGGUCUGUGAUAAGUUUGAAUGCACAGAGGAGGAAGUGCUCAGCUGCUUGUAUAACCGAAAUCAUCAGGAUCCGUUAGCGGUAGCCUAUCACCUAAUUAUAGAUAACAGAAGAAUAAUGAACGAAGCUAAGGACUUCUACUUGGCUACCAGCCCACCAGAUUCCUUUCUCGAUGAUCACUUCUCCCGUCCCCACCCUGAAAGAGUGCCAUUUUUAGUGGCUGAAGUGCCAAGGCCACGCCAUACACUCGAUGAGCUAAACCCACAGAAGUCCAAGCAUCAAGGGGUCAGAAGAGCUAAGUGGCAUCUGGGAAUCCGGAGUCAAAGUCGACCAAAUGACAUAAUGGCAGAAGUUUGUCGAGCGAUCAAACAGCUGGAUUAUGAGUGGAAGGUGGUAAAUCCAUACUACUUGCGUGUUCGAAGGAAGAAUCCAGUGACUGGCACGUAUUCCAAAAUGAGCUUGCAGUUAUACCAGGUCGACAGUAGGACUUACCUACUGGAUUUUCGUAGCAUUGAUGAUGAAAUUACUGAAGGGAAAUCAGGGACCACCACUCCCCAGAGGUCGGGCUCUGUGACUAACUACAGAUCUUGUCAGAAGGAUUCGGACACUGAUGCUCAAGGAAAAUCCCCUGAUGUUUCUCUUACCUCGUCGGUGACCUCUUCCCUUGACUCUUCUGCAGCUGAGUUAACUCCGAGAUCAGGGAGCCACACGAUAGAAUUUUUUGAGAUGUGUGCAAAUCUUAUUAAAAUACUGGCACAAUGAUUUGUAGGAUUGGCUUAUUCUUAUUUUUUUUUACAGCAAUAAGCAUGCCUAAAAAAAAAUAAAAUCAUAGUCAAAUGCUUCCAAUUAUAAUCAAGUUACAGUUAACUUUGGCGCUGAGAAGACUAGCCACAUUGCAAUUUGCACAGGAAUUGAACAUGCAUUUAAAAGCAGUCUAGACCUCUUAACGUAAUGAAGCAAAUGAUGAUUAGACAGUACACCGGUUUGAUACAGGUACAAGAAAUGACAACCUUCUUGAGCAGAGUUUAUUUUUCAUUGUGUACACAUUGGGGCUUCGUGGCGUAUUAACCAUAAGGACCUUUUCAUAGGUUGUCUUUAUAUUGCUGAUUCUAUAUUCGAGUUGCAGUAUAAGUGGUCACUUGUUAGAUCAGGGGUUCAUGAAGGCGACUUCCUUUGGAUCCUAGUCUUCACUUGCACCCUGCUCUAUCAGUAUAAAUGUUCUCCUUGUCAAACAGCACUUCAAACGUCUGGCACUUGCUCUGUGUUUUUGGCAGCCGGCGGUGCGCUUUGGGUGGGAGAGGCUAAAGCAGCCCCCGAUCUGGCUUUUUACUGAUUUUUUCAUGUGUUGUGGCAAAUCCAGAAUCAAAAACCUCACAUGUGUGAAUUCUCAUAAGGUGCAGGAGUGAACAUUGCAGGGCCAAAUAUAGCCGGCAGAAGCAGUGUUGGGUUCAGUGCUGUGAAAAGAAUGAAGAAACCGGCCGAGAGCUAAAAAAAAAAGCCUGGACCUUCUUCUCUCAGCCCACCCAGGGGCUUUAGGCAUGGCUUUUCUCACACGCGGUGACUCAGAAGCAGUUUGCAAUAUGCUAUGGCGGAGGGCCUGCUGUCUGAGGGUGGGAGGCCAGUGAAAAGUUCUCUUGUCCAAGCGCAAGUCCCGUCUGUGAGCCUAAACAGGGGCUCGGAUCCUGAUUAUGGGUUUUAGUUGAGGAUUAGAUUGAGGCCCAGUUCACACGAUCGCAGGGGUGCAAGAAGCCAUCAUGGCUUCUCCUUCUGCUCGCUGCGGGUUGUGCUCAUGCAUCCCAGUUCUUUACAUGGUUACCCACACGGCAGUCCAGGUUGGUAUAUUGUGCAAACUUUGUGCAUGGUGUGGCAGGGGUGGCUUCAUUCCCAUCCCGACUGCAUAUCAUGGGUGGUAGGAAGCCACCCCCGUUGCGCUAUGUACCGGGUUUGCACAACACAGCGACAUGGGCUGCAGGAUGGGUAAUAAUGGAAAUAGCUGGUUGCUUUUACACCCGCGAUCGUGCGAACCCGGAAAGGGUUUUUCCAGCUUUGGGCACCAACCGAUCUGUUAAGGUGAGAAGAUGCUUUUUAGAUUUGCAACUAUGCAGAUUCACUGGCCUGUGUGUCAUGCCAGUAGUCAAUAAGCAGCUUCUUGCAUGCUACUAUAGAGGACGUGGAUCCUGGGCCUGAACCCACUGAGCGUGCGGCUGAUAGAACGCCCCAAACGGAUUGGCUCACGCAGUUCUUGGAAUCUUGCACUGAGAAUCCUGUGUCUCCUGUUUUCAUAUGGCUUUUCGUAUGCAGAUUUUUUGGCAGAAUAACUCUUCUAGUAAAGAUGAUUUGGAUCUUGCCUGUGUUGCAUAAUCACUUUUUUACACCACUUUUUUAUACUGAAUUUAGAUUUCUAAAAGUAAUGGAACGUUUAAGUAACUUUGGUUUGAUUUUGCAAUGUACAAAAAUCCAUUGGUUAGAAAUGAGCGAGCACGUUUGGCUGUUUAGAAACCAAGCUUGCCUUUGGUAAUAUAUUUCAAGUGUUGACAUAAUGCUCCCCCAAAAAACCCUGGCACUUUUUUUUUAUUAGGCAAGUUUACUCCAAAUAAUCCUUGAUUUAGACUAAAUAAAAAACAGAAGUAUAUGCAGGUAGUGAUACUACAUGUUUCCAGUCAUUCUUGCCCAGUGCAGACGCACAACUUCAUGGUUAGCAUUAACUCUAGUUUGCUGCCUUAAUCCUGAUUAAGAUCCCAAUCAUACUGGCUAUGUUUGCACAGAACUAUAAGCCCAUAGUUGCAGAGAAUUCUGGUUUAAUGUGAACGAGCUGCAUGCCAGUGUAUGCAGCCUGUUCUCUUCUGUUUAUUGCUAGCACAUCUGCUAAAUAAACCAGGAAUGAUUUGUUUAGUCUGACGUCUGAACUGGAUAUCCAAACUUGUUGCUGCAAAACAAGUCCAGAAUCACAAACCAGGGUUUGUUCUCGGUUUACGAUUCCUGGCUUGUUUUGGAAAAAAAUCAGGAGCCCCAGUUCAGGCAAAACACUACACAAACCUUUCCUGGCUUGUUUAGCCACUGUGCUAGAAGUGGGGGGGGGGCAAAUGGGCUGUAGGUACUAGCACCCACCCUGUUCAUGAUAAACCAGAUUUUCCAGAAUUCUGGCUUAUUGUUCUGUGCCACUGAGCCAUAGUGAAGCUAUGGGGUUAAUUUGUCAAGCUUAAGCUUUGCCCCCAGAAAGCAUGUAUAGGGAGGUACCAAAGAGACCUUAUUUUCACCUCACAAGCAGAGAGGCAGGGGAAACUGCCUUACCCAUGGUUUGCUUGGUGCAGAUGUAACCCUUUAACUAGGGUUAAUGCAAACUCAUUGCAAACAAAGGUUUCAUACUUUUGUUUGUGGCCAAUCCUUAACUAUGAUUUAGGUAUCUAAAUGGUUAAGGAAAACAAAACCAUGGUAAGUGUUGUAGAUGUAUAGGACCUAGAGCAUGUGCAGAUGCCAGAAAACACAGAGAUCCCUUAAUCCUUCAUUUCAGUGGGGAUGUGUGGAUAGGAGAGGUUCCCAUUGGAUUGUGCCAGCAAUGAAUUUAAGAUCAACUGAGGAAGCGGUUCUCUAACCUGCAUCUGUUGAGCGAGUUGAUAUUUACAGCUAAAGAUGCACUGAAUUCAGGGCUUGUACUGUUGUCUGUUGGUAUCUUAACUAGGUAGACACUAGACCUUAAAUUUUGUGCUAUCUUCAAAGACCCAUAAACUCCGUAGUCACUCUUAGAAUUUUGCCAUGCGCUGGUCUUUCAAAGUCAAGAGACGUAUAGUGGUCUUCUCGUGUUACGUUUUCACACUUCUUGAAAUAAUGGCGUUAUUUUCCAGAACGCAACAGUGUCUUUAGAAUGAAAAAUUAAGUAGAAGUCCUUAAUGUGUACUCCAAAAGGAAUAUGUGUGUGAAGGGGGUGGGCAGCGGCGGGGGGGGAGGGAGGGCAUUGAAAAGGAACCAUUGGGUAUAUAGUACCAUAAGAGAGAGGUUGUCUUGGGGGACCAAGUAAUUGUCCUGCCUUUUUAAUUUACAAAAAAGAAACGUACUUUUUAUGUCUAGUUCUGCUGCACCGAUUCAAUAAUUGUGAUUUUUUUUUUUUUAGUUAUGCUGUGUUAAUCUUGAAAUUGUUAAUAUUGCACUUGGCAAAUGGCAUGAACGCACACUAUUCCCCCCCCUUUUAUUAUUAUUAUUAUUAUUGCUGGGUAGCCUCCUAGGAUGGGUUUAGUGAUCCACAAUCUCUGGCUUUGGCAAACAUCAAACAGUAGCCGGCAUAAGCCAUAAACGCAACUGCUGCGCAUUUGUCUUGUCUAUUUCAGUGGGACAUGCAGCCCAACUGUAUGCCUGUUUACACUGAAGUAAGUCACACUGAGUUCAGUGGGAUUUUACUCCAAAGUAUUGAUUGCAUUAGGACUGCAGAUUUGGUGUGACUCCCAUACAAGUUUCACUGAAAUGAUUGGAAGAUGGCUGACAGCAGCAUCUGGUGGAUCAAAUUCGGUGUCUUUUCAUUGGAAAGUUACAUGGUGCAACAAACUUCAAUUUUUAUACUUAUACAUUUUUGUUCAAAGCUACGAGGCUUUAAGUUUUAUCCUGAGAUAAUGGAGGUUAAAUUACAUAACAGAAAAGUACAGUUGCCUAUUCCUAAAUGGUCAGUUUCAAUUUUAAUUUUAUUUUUGUUUAGUCUUUGGAUGUUUUUUAAUGCAUUUUUUUUCAUAGCUGGGGCUGUCCAAUAUGUAUUAUUCAAGCAAAAAACAUCACUUUUCAUAACCUUUUUUACAGUCAAAUAUUGAUGGUGAAAUGAUUUCUUUUCACUAUUAUUAUUCUUAGUAUUACGUUAGGAAAUCGCAGUAGAUGGUGACAAAAAUAGAGGAGCUGUUUUCAGCUAUGGAACUGUGAAGAAAAAGGGCUGAUUUAACACCAUCUUCAAAAACUAGUCAUAGGGAGCAUUGUGUAACUGGCCAAGUACCUUUUUUUUUUAAUAGUGUUUCUCCAGGUUUGUUCCAGUGGGAAGGGAUCUUUUUUUAUUAUUAUUGCAAUUCCUAAUCGAUCGGGAAGUGGCUGGGGAUAAAACUGUCCACGUGCAAUGUAACUUAACACUGGUAGAGAAGGUAGAAGUCCAUCUUUAUGGUGCAAUAUUUUCAACGACCAACUUUUGUAUAUGUUUUGACAUUUUACGUGUUUCAGUACAAGCUUUGAGAGAUUUGUCAAUUAAUUUUACCAUUGUAUAGCUUGAAAAAUGGAUGACCACCUUCUCUUACAAACAAGAUGUGCCUACUUCCAUUGCAGAUUUUUCUCUCUCUCUCUCUUUCUCUCUCUCUUUUUGGCAAUACUGAAUGAAAAACUGCUUGUGAUAGCUGUAUAUGACUUGUUACUUUUAACAAACAUUAAAUUGUA